AUGCCAAGCCAACAGAAGAAAGUCAUUUUUUGCAUGGCUGGGAUGUUAAGCUUCGUGUGUGCCCUCGGAGUUGUGACAGCCCUGGGGACACCUUUGUGGAUCAAAGCCACCUUUCUCUGCAAAACUGGGGCUCUGCUCGUCAACGCCUCAGGGCAAGAGCUGGACAAGUUCAUGGGCGAGAUGCAGUACGGGCUUUUCCAUGGAGAGGGAGUGAGACAGUGUGGCCUGGGAAAGAGGCCCUUUCGGUUCUCGUUUUUCCCGGAUUUGCUCAAAGCUAUCCCAGUCAGUAUUCACGUCAAUGUCAUUCUCUUCUCCACAAUCCUUAUCGUUUUAACCCUGGUGGGGACAGCCUUCUUCAUGUACAAUGCUUUUGGCAAGCCCUUUGAAACUCUGCAUGGUCCACUGGGGUUGUAUCUCUUGAGCUUCAUUUCAGGCUCCUGUGGCUGUCUUGUCAUGAUAUUGUUUGCCUCUGAAGUGAAACUCCACCACCUCUCAGAAAAAAUUGCAAAUUACAAGGAAGGGACUUACGCCUACAAAACGCAAAGUGAAAAAUAUACCACCUCCUUCUGGGUGGUUUUCAUUUGCUUUUUUGUUCAUUUUCUGAAUGGGCUUCUAAUACGAUUUGCUGGAUUUCAGUUCCCUUUUGCGAAAUCUAAAGACACAGAAACAACUAAUGUAGCUGCAGACCUAAUGUACUGAAAGGCCAACAUGUCUGUCAUUCUCAGUGAGAGACGAGACUAGCUCUGGUCACUUGGCUGUGGUUAAUUUUGCUCAACCUUUUAGAUGUACAGCUUAAAGCACCAAACCCUAUGUGAUAUUAUAUACAAACUGGGUGCUAAGGACACAGGCCAGAAGUGAAGGGGAGCAGAAGAAAGGCUUCAGAAGGUUGUUCAACCGGGUGGGAAAUUGCUUCACCUGGCUAGUUGAGACCGUUGACUAGAAUGAACAAACCAUUACUCCACAUCCACACCAGAGUGCAAAAUGUCUGCUCUGCCAGGAAGAAAUCAAGAGGUCUGAGGAACACAUUUUAAAACAAACAAAUACUAUUUCUGAUAAUAUCCACACAUUUGUUGCCACAGAUACCAGAAGACAGAACUGGAAUUGCUUUCCUAAAAUGAUACUGCAUUAAUUGAGCAAUGCUAAGUAUA